AUGCACGCUUACACAGAUAUGAACGAGUUCGGCGAUUUGACUUUUGAUGGUGCUCUCCGAAUGCACCUGAGUGGGUUCCGACUGCCAGGUGAAGCGCAAAAGAUCGACCGCAUCAUGGAGAAGUUUGCAUCACGAUUUUGCGAGUGCAACCCAGAUAUAUUUGCCAACGCAGACGCGGCAUACGUGCUUGCUUACUCUACAAUCAUGCUACAUACUGAUGCGCAUAAUGACACUAUUAAGAACAAAAUGAGCAAAGAGGAGUUUAUCAAGAAUAAUCGCGGCAUCAACGAUGGAGGUGAUCUUGACCCCAAGUUUCUUAGUGGUUUGUACAACCGUAUAACUACAACUGAAAUCAAACUCGUUGAUUCGAAGACAGAUUCGAGCCCGGGAUUGAACGCAAAAGCAUUGAAUGGUGGCACAAAUGUUGUCACGAUGGAUCCAGCGCAGCGAGCUAGAAAAUUUGAAGAAGAAAGUAAGCGUUUGAUGGCGGAAACGAAAGUUCGUUUCGCCAGCAGUCGGCGAACAGCUCAGGAUUACACAUACUAUUCGGCCACUAAUGUACAUCAUGCGAGGCUAAUGUUUGAUACGGCAUGGUUCCCUGUGUUAGCAGCUAUCUCACUGAACUUAGAAGAGGCAUCUCCUGCGGACACAGCAGUGGUGGCACUUUGCUUGGAUGGCUUCCGCAAUGGUAUUGCAAUUUCCUCAACUUUCAGCAUGUCCACAACCAAAGAUGCUUUAGUUACGUCCUUGGCUAAGUUUACCCACCUGAACAGCAUUUCGGAGAUGCGCCCGAAAAAUGUUGAGUGUGUUCGCAUGAUACUUGCGAUUGCCGCCAAUGAAGGGAACAACCUUGGGGAGCAGUGGGUCAUUAUUGUCAGAGCAAUUUCCCAAUUAGAGCAGAUACGGGCCGUUGUCGCUGGUAACCCCGAUAAGCAUCUCCUCCAGAAGGCCCCACUGGUCGGUAUUGGUUCUUCGGGUCAGGCUGGAACGCCCGGACAGUCUGCCAAUGGUUACUCAUCUCAGGGUGCGCAACGGGCUUCAAUGCCUGGUGCCGGCGAUACUGAGAAGGUGGCUAGCGGAAGGAAUGGGACUACGUACCGAAGAACAUCCUCGGGGAAAUCAACCGAUGCCAGUAGUCAAAAACAUGAUGGCUUGGUUCAUAAGAUAGACGCAAAAGCCGCGUCGGCGGCUACAACAAUAGCUGAGAGCGAAAUCGAAAGAAUCUUUAUGAAUUCCUCGCACUUGUCUGCAGCCGGCGUUACAGACUUUUGUGGAGCCCUCUGUACGAUCUCACUAGAAGAGUUAAGCGAGGGUCCCUCCCCUCGAUUGUUCUGUCUCCAGAAGAUUGUAGAGCUGGCCUACUAUAACAUGGAAGCUAGGACACGCAUUGAGUGGGGCAAGAUUUGGCUCCAGAUGGGACCGUUCUUUGUGUCGGCAAUGUGCCAUGACAACCGCGAUGUUGCAAUGUACUCUGUAGAUGCGUUACGCCAACUCGCGUCGAAGUUUUUGGACAAAGAUGAAUUGUCAAACUUUUCGUUUCAGCGGUCGUUCCUCAAACCAUUUGAGAAGUGCUUCAGUCAGUCGAACUCAAUUCCGAUACGCGAGCUUGUGUUGACUUGUGUCUCUCAAAUUGUGCUUGCGAGGGCCGCAAAUAUCAAAUCUGGAUGGAAGUCCGUGUUUGCCGUUCUUGCUCUUGCUGCUGAUGAUAAGGUUGAAUCAAUCAUGAAUUUUGGAUGGCAAAUUGUUGAUUCAAUUGUGCGUAAGUAUGUUGGUGUCCUCGACGAUGUCUAUGUAGAUGCAGUGACAGGUAUUGCGGCUUUCGCAAAGUCAAGCGUCUCUACUCCCGUUUCACUGGCCGCCAUAGGGCUUCUGAGUGGUCGAUGUGCCUCAUCGCUAGCGGAUGGACAGGCUUUAUCAAUGCUUCGAGAGCAACCCCUGGCCGAUAAUGCAGCACGUUCCAUCGAGACAGAGAUUUGGUUUUCUGAUGUGGACGCGCACAUCGGAGCCUGGUUUCCCAUCUUGACCGGCCUUGCAUCAGCGAUGCAAGACGAAAGAUCUCCUGUCCGUACAGCGGCAAACGAUGGUCUGUACAGAGUGCUGACCAAUCACGGCGGGCGAUUUUCUUCAUCCCUUUGGGCGUUGAUCUUCAGGGGAGUUCUUGCCCCUGUCUUUGACGACGUCCGUCACCUGUCGGCGAGCAGCGACCGAGGCGAGGCAGCCGCGGUAGGGGAAUGGGCAACUACGAUGGGGUCGGCGUCAUUGAAGUGUUUAAUUGAUGUCUUUGUAUUGCACAUUAAGGUCACUCGGGUUCUCUUAGGUGAUCUACUGGAACUUAUCCGAAGUUGGAUUCUGCGAGAGACUGAAGUUGUGGCGAGGGAGGGGAUGAGUAUUCUUGCUCGAUUAGUCAUGACUGCAGGGGAGGUAUUAGAAGCUGAGGACUGGAAGGUCCUCAACGAUGCCAUUAGCGGCAUAUUUGCUGAUACCAUGCCUCACGAAAUUCUGGGUCCAGACCGACUAAGAGUUGGUAGGCACUCAGAGGAAAGAAAAGCCACUGUUCUGGCAGAAGGCGAAAAGGCAAACGCGGCUGACGCUGCGGCAGAUCACGCGGUAAAUGGCGAGGAUGCGGCUGCAGACGAACCAGGUGCUCAGUCUGCCCACCAUAACGGAGCACCCAACGAAAAAGAGGUGGAAAGCAAGUCUUCAAGUGAUGACGUGCCCCCUGAAGUACCUAACUCUAGCAAAAUUGACUUUCGAGUUGUACGAGCAAAGUGCGUGGUUCAGCUACUCUUGAUCCAACUUGUUCAAGAAAUGGUCGUUAGCUUCUACAGAGUCCUAUCGACAGAGCACAUUCUGGGCUUAAGCGAGUCUCUUGAGAUGAGCUAUAAGUUUGCGCACGAUUUCAAUGUCGAUACAGAGCUCCGAUAUUCACUUUGGCAAGCUGGUUUUAUGAACCAAGUUCCGAACCUGUUAAAACAAGAAACAAACGGGCUGAUGGCAUACCUGCGGAUCGUGUUUUGGUUGUACCUCGACCCACAGCGGACUGAAGAAGGCGGUUCCACUGAGGCCAAAGUCAUGAGUCUUUGUGAAAAGGUAUUACAGGGCUUCAUUCGUUCAUGCGAUGAAGCACAAUCAAAGGCCGAGGAACGUCGGGAAGUGCUGGCUUUGUCGCCAGUGGUCUGUUUCAUUGUGAACAGUAUCAUGCAAAUGUCAGCAACGCAGUUUGGGAAGCACAUGCCCAGGAUAUACGAAAUUCUUUUGAACCUACUAGAACGGGCGGACGAAGCAGAAAUAAGACGAACUGUAAUUAAGCUGUUUAGGGGACGUUUGAAGCCAGUCGCUUCAGACGAAGCGUGUGCAUCCGAAUCUUCGGAGCAGCGUCGAAAUGUCCGUAUUGGACAACCACAGCUGCCUGGAGCCAUGCGCGAGCGAGUUGUACGCGCCGAAUUGUAUGAGACCGGUGGACAAACUUCAUCUGAGAUUUGUGCGGCUUUGAACAAGGUUGGUGGGGUGCGCUCUGUUGUCGAGUCAUCUGAAGAAGAUGCAUUUUGCGUAUUUAGUUCAGCACCUGACGAGAUGCUGGUGUCAGGAGUGCGGUCAUUGUCAUAUGUCAAGAGUGCGUUCGUUGACGUCGCCUCUGACGCUGAACUUGACUAAAUCCCUAAGUAUAAACGGAUUCGUGAUGUAUUUGAAGUACUAAUUGCAAUGUACAGGGGACGACACUCUACAACGAAUUGUGAAGUACAAACGUGCUUUCCAUAGAUUUCUUUUGCUUAUUCUGGCCAAUAAACUGUUCUCAGAUUCCAAUGCACCGUUCCUCUGACGGAACCCAAAGGAAAAGGAGUGCGCA